AUGAUCAUCCCAGAAUUUUUGCUCGAAAACAUACAGGCCCUGAUGGCCGCGCCAGAUAUCUGUCCCUCAGAGCUCGUGGGAAACACGCUACACCCUAGAGAUCUGGACAAGGCCUGGAACGAUACCAAGAGCGGAUGGAAUAAGUGUAUGGACAAGAGAUGGUGCAAGAUUGUUGUGAUUGUGUGCAUUGUCGUGGGCGGUUUGUUCGUUCUCUGGGUGCUGUCUACAAUCUUCCAGCUGAUCUGUUGUGGAGCAAAGUGUAUUGAGGCCCUGUGCUGCUGCUGUUGCUGUGGAAGAAGAAAGGAAAAAGUGGUUUACAAAGAGGCUCCACCUCCUUCGUCGCAGGGCAACGCAUACACGAAUCCAAACAUGUACUAUCAGCAGAACGCGAACCCGUUUGCAGACCAAAAUAGGUAUAGCAAGCAGCAGCAUUUCUGA